AUGGCACGUCGCCAGCACCUGACGGUAUCACUUCUCCUCAUCGUCUUCCUGUUUCUCAGCGUAUCAUAUUUCUUUACCUCUGCGCCGGUACGCGAUCGCGCCGCUUCGUUUGUCGGCGCCGGCAAUCCUCUAAAACAGCAGCCGCCGCCGGCGUCGACCCACGGCGACAGCGGCCAUGAUGCGGUGUCGCCCAUCAAGGACGGCGCCGCGCCGUCUGCGACACCGUCGGCGGGCGGCUUUAGCAUAGACGUCGACUCGAUGCCGUCGCUCGACGAUCUCUCGAUAGCGCCCAAGCUAGAGAAUGCGACACUAAAAGCCGAGCUUGGACGCGCGACGUGGCGGUUCCUGCACACCAUGGCUGCCCGCUUCCCCGACAAGCCGACCAAGGACGAGCAGACGACAUUCAAGUCGUUUAUAGAGCUGUUUGCGCGUUUGUACCCGUGCGGCGACUGCGCGCAGCACUUUCGCCGUAUCCUCGCCAAGUACCCGCCACAGGCCGGCUCGCGUAGCGCGGCCGCCGGCUGGCUCUGCUUCGCACACAACCUCGUCAACGAGCGUCUUGAGAAGCCGGCUUUUGAUUGCAACGCCAUUGGCGACUUUUACGACUGCGGCUGCGCCGAAGACGACGACAAGAAGGGCAAGGAGAGUAAAGAGGAGGGCGACGAUACGGCCGCCGGGGAAAAGAAGGAGGACAAGAAGGAUGAGAAGAAAGAGUAA